AUGCACAGGGGCACGGUAAGCGUCCCACUCAAUGGGGAAUGGUUGAAUCACACAGAUCACAUGUGCAACAGAAGAGAUAGGAAGAAUUUCUCAUUUUUCAGGAGAAACAAAUCUGACGAAUGUCAAAUGGUUCAUGAUACUUUAUUAAAAUAUAAAGAUGUGGAGAAAGACUUCUUUGACACUUGGAUAUAUUCAGCAACAAGUAGGUUGUCAAGCAUGAUUGAACCGAACUCAAUUCAGAAUGACGUAACCUUAUCGUCCAUUUCAAAUCGCUUGUGUAUAGGAGAAGAACAAAAUAAUAAUUCUCCUUAUAAUGUGGAUAUACAGAAGGAAACACAUUUUGCACAAUACCCAAAAGAGAGUCUUAAAAAUAGAAAACUCGCACAUUCGGAUAAUUCUGAGCAGGAUGCAAAUACUAUGGUGGUUAAAAAAUGGAAACGACAAGAGGAAAAUGAAAAAGAAAAGUUAAUAAAUAACCAAACUAAUUUUAAUAUACCAAAUUGUGAUUUAACUGGAGGAGAGAGAAAUCAUACACAGAUGCAAAAAAACGAUACCUAUAUGCAUAUGUCCGAUGAGUUAGACUUGAAGUAUGGCAAACUUAAUGACUUGGGUCUUCACAAUAAUGACAAAAAGGAAAAGGUAGAAUACAUAGAUGUAGUGCAUUGUAUGGAAACAAAUGAACACAUCAAUGGCAUGAUGAUAUCUGACCAAUUGUAUAAUAACUCAUUACCCCCAAACGAAUUUCCCUUAAAGAGUAAAGAAAAUGAUUCCACUUCAUUUAUACAUAGAAAUAAAUGGCUUGUUAGAAAUUCAAGGGUGAGAAGUGAUCCCAGCCUAACAUCUAAUGUGUAUGCAGAUUCUUCUUCUAAAAAUAUCAGAAUGAAUCUAAUUUACAAUCAAUCAUUAAAAAUAAGAAAUGAGUAUCCAAACAUAAUGAACGAAUACAACGGAACAAAAUUUCCAAAGUCAGAUUUUCAAAAAUGUGGAAUUAUUAAAUUAGAAAACGAUGUAAAAGUUUCAGAGGAUAACAAAAUGGUCACAAUGACAAAUAAGGAACAAAUUUUUGACUAUAGAAAAUUUGAAACAGUGAAAAGAAAAUUCCAAUGUCACCCAUGUCUGUCGGUUGCAAAUGAUGUCUUGUUUUGUUGUACCACCCUUCCGAGUAGCGAUGAAAGGAACACACGCAAUGACACAAAUGGUUUUCUAAUUCAUUCGAAGAAAGUAAAGAAAGAGGAGGAAAUUUUCCUUCCACGUAGGAGUUGUGUAGAGAUAAACAACACUCACAUAGGUACCCCAUUUGAUAAUGAGGGAGGAAAAAAUAAUAGAAAACGGAACAGUGAAGGAAAUUGCACCAAAAUGAAUUAUCAUUUAAUAAUAAAAAAAAAAAAAAAUAAUAUGCAUAUUUAUACACCAAGUAGCAAUGUCUCCCUAGCCAAUGAGACGAAUGAACAAGGAGCUACGAAUUCUAUGAACAGUAGAAAAAUUAAUGAAACAUUCCUGAACGCUCAUGAUGCAAUGAAAGUUAAAAAAGAGAUUUAUAUUCAUGAUCCAGAGAAAAAUAACAUCUCUAUAAGUAUGCAAAAUCGUACCUCUUCAUUCAACUCUGAAAAAAAUGAUGAGGAGAAUAAUCGUGCAAGUAAUGAUAACGAGAAGAGAUGGAAAAACAGAGUAACCGACAGAGGAAUGAUUAACAAAAUUGUAGGUGAACAUGAACUAUGGUGUAGGAAUUCUCAUGAGAUAAUAAAUUCGGAAUGUGAAUGUGAAAAUGAGAACAGAAAGAUCAAUCAAUAUGAGGAAUAUCCGGAGAGAGAGACAAGAAACUGUACCAUUGAACAUCCACAUAGUAGUGAAUACAUACCACAGUUCAAAACCCCAACUAAUGGAAUUGUCAAGGAGGAGCAGGAACAAGUAUAUAUGGAUAUAAAAUUGGACUAUUCUUCUCCCAAUGCGCAGGCAAAACAUAACCUUGAUGUGUGUAGCAAUCCUUGCAGUGGUGCUGAGAAAAGUGCAUGUUAUGGGGCUUCUCAAGAGUUGCUAAUCCCUAUGAGUGUAAAAAGUGAAUGUCAAGAAAAGGAAUGCAAAGACAAGGAGAGUGCAAAAAUGAACGAGACAUGUAACUAUACCUCAGAUAAGGUACCUAAUGAAACCACUAAGGAAUUUUGCUCAGGUCACAGAUUCAGUACAUCGUUGAGAACGCGUAAAAGAAAACUAAACGAAGUACAGAAAACAAAGGUGAAAACAGAAAAGAAAAAAAAAAAAAAAAAAAAAAAAAUUCCAGGAAGAGUUUACAAGGUUAUUGUACGAGGAAAAGAAUGCUGGAGGGCGGAAUGGUUUGUCCAAAAAAAUGUUGAAGAGAGAGAUUUCAAAAUCGGUAAUUCAGAGAUGCCAAUUAUGAAAAUGGAAAAGGAUAAUCAUGAUAUAAAUCAUCAGCAUGGGGUGAAUGAGAACUCAUUAGUGCAGACUGACAAAAACAACAAUAAAAAUUCUUUGAUGAAAAAAAGUAAACAAUUUUCUGUAUCUGUGUAUGGUUAUGAAAAUGCAAGGUUAUUUGCCCUCUUUGAGUUAAUUAAAUACAAUUCUGUUCCUGAUGGUUUGAAAGAUGAAGCCAAUAUAUGCAUCUAUAACAUUAAGAAAAACUUAUUAAGAGAAGAAGGAUCUACAAAUAAAUCGUUCAGUAAUCACUUCCUUCCGUUUGUUUUGGCUGAUGAGAGCAAUAUAUAUUCGUCUAGUUUGUGCAGAAAAAUAAGAGGGGAUGUUAUUCGCAAUUUUGACAAGUGCAAUGAUGGUAUGAGUUCCAACAAUAUACACAGAAUCGGUGUCUCUACAGGGGAAAGUGACAUAAACCUAUGCAGCAGCAAUUCCUCUCAAUGUAGAAGUAGCAGAUCGACAAACCAACAAGGGCAAAAAGACGAAAUGUGCGUGUUCCGACAAGAACCGUUCUUUGGUGGUUACAAUAAUUUACUUAACAAAAUGGGCCAUUCGAGAAAUUUCAACUGCUUGGCUAGCCAUGGGAUUAGCCAAAUUAGUCAGGGGUCCAACCCAAUUGGUCAGGGGACUAGCCAGCACAAUGUAGUGACAAAUUCGACUUGUCAAAUGAACCUUUCCCCAAUGGGUUGUGUUAACAAUCGAAUCCACAAUAUGAACACAUACAAUCUGAAUUCAAGGAAUAUGGAUCACCAUCACUUGCAUAUGAAUGUUCCUAAAAAUUAUAUUCAUUCUUAUGGACCCUUAGGAGGAGAAAGCAUUAAGCAACACAAUGGAAUGUUAUUCAAACGGUUCGUCAAACAUACAAGUGGGAGUGAAAGAGAUUGGAACUUUCCCAGAAACAACAGUAGAUUUAAUUACAACUGUGCAAAUGAUGAUAGUAAAACAAAGGAUAUGAUGUCUACCGGUUCAAAUGAUCCCACUUGUGUAAAUACAUAUGUAAAUCGUUAUGCCAAUAUUAGAACCUCUCCAAGCAACCUGACCAUUACUACCACCAGGUUUAAUAAUUUUACACCCACAUAUGAGAAUGAAGAACGAAAUAAUAAAAUCGAUAAGGACAUGACCACCUUUUGCUCCAAAGUGGGAAAUGAGAGAAGUACUGACAUAUUUAAUCAGUUCGUCUGA